AUGGGGCACACCGUCACAAAAUUAAUGAUAACCACUGAACUGGAAAAGCUGAAGAGUGCUUUGGAAAACAAAACUCUCCAAGAUCUUUCAAAAGAAAUUAAGGAAGAACUGGACUCACUAAACAGCAUCACCCUUGACAUUGCCAUCACAGGGGUAUCUGGAGCUGGUAAAUCAUCCUUUGUAAAUGCUCUGAGAGGCGUGAGUGAUUAUGAUGAUAGUGCAGCUAAGAUUGGUACCACAGAAACAACAAUGAAGCCAAAGAAAUAUAAACAUCCCAUAUUUCCCAACGUAGCCAUAUGGGAUCUACCAGGAAUUGGGACAACAGAAUUUAAAGCAAAUGAAUAUCUGAAGAUGACCGAAUUUGCAAAGUAUGAUUUCUUCAUUAUUGUCACCGCAGAACGCUUUACAGAAAAUGAUGCCCUCCUAAGCAAUGAAAUUCAGAAAAUGGGAAAGUGGUGUUACCUGGUGCGCUCCAAAAUAGAUCUGAGUAUAAUGUCCGAAGAAAGGAAUCCAUACUACAUCGGUGAAGAAAAAUCCCUUGAGAAGAUUAGGGAAUAUUGUUGUGAAAAUCUGAGAAAAGCAGGGGUAUCUAACCCAAAGGUUUUUCUCCUUUCCAGCUGGAAGCCAAAUUUAUACGAUUUCCCCCUCUUGCAAGACACCUUAAAGAAUGAACAAGAUGACCUCAAGAGACUGGUUAUAAUUGAAUCCAUGCCAGCUUACUCAAGAGAAGCCCUAGAAAUUAAAAAGGCUGCUAUAGAGCAGAUUUUAUGGAAAGCAGCCCUUGUGUCUUGUGUUAUAGACGCCAUUACUAUCCCAGAUCUCUCUGUUGUUUGCGACUUUCCAUUCUUGGUGACAACAAUGGAAAAAUUCUACAAGAUUUUUGGUUUGGAUGAAAGGUCUCUUUAUAUACUUGCAAAACGGGUUGGCAAACCUAUUGAUGAAUUGAGAUCAGCUAUCAAGAAGUUGCCCCCCAAAAUCACCAUAGAAUUUGUACAGGAUCAGGUGAAGACUGAGUUACCGAAGUCCUGGAUAAGGACCACAGUUGCAUAUGUUCUGUGGUUCAUACCGUUGCUGGGAUCUCUAAUUGGUGGAGCUUUUUCUUUUGUAACUAUCUAUUUCAUAAUGAAAAAAAUUCUGAAUGAUGUCGUGGAAGAUGCUAAGAAUGUCCUGGCAAAAGCUACAGAUAAACCAUCAAGAAGAACAACCAUGGGUGUCUCCAUCUCAAAAGCAGUCAUAAGAGAAGAACUUCAAAAGCUGAUGGAUGAUUUGGAAAAUAAAAGUCUCCCAGAUGUGAUAGAAAAAAAUAAUAAUGAUUUGAAUUUAGUCAAGAACACCACCCUUGACAUUGCCAUCACAGGGAUGUCAGGGGCUGGGAAAUCAUCGCUUGUCAAUGCCCUUCGAGGAAUGCCAGACUAUGGAGAAGGUGCAGCUGAGACCGGGGAAACACAAACCACCAUGGAGCGGAAGAAGUACCCACAUCCCACAUUCCCCAAAGUGACACUAUGGGAUCUUCCAGGAAUUGGGACUCCCGACUUCGAACCAAGUAAAUACCUGAAGAAGGUAAAUUUUAAGGAAUAUGAUUUCUUCAUCAUUGUCGCCUCAAAUCGCUUCACUACGAAUGAUGCCCUCCUGGCUCAUGAAAUUCAGAAGAUGAAGAAGAAGUUCUACUACGUGCGCACCAAAGCAGAUGUCAGUAUAGAAUCUGAAAGAAGGAAACCAGACUUCGUUGAGGAGAGAUGCCUGGAGAAGAUUAGGAUAUACUGCAGUGAUAAUCUGACAAAGGGGAGAGAAUCUGUUCCAAUGGUUUUCCUCAUCUCCAGGUGGGAUUUGCAGAUGUAUGAUUUCCCCCGCCUUCAAGAGACCCUGGAGAAUGACUUGGAUGGCCUCAAGAGAGAUGUUUUAAUUGCGGCUCUGCCAGCUUUCUCCAAAGAAAUCUUGGAGAAGAAAAAGGCUGCUAUGGAGGCCCUUAUCAAGAAAGUAGCCCUUGUAUCUUGUGCCAUUGGGGCACUUCCUGUCCCUGGCCUCUCUCUUGCCUGUGAUAUUGGCAUCUUGGUUGGAACAAUGACAUAUAUUUGCAAAGUCUUUGGCUUGGAUGAAGAUUCCCUCCGUAGACUUGCAAACCGGGUAGGCAAACCUGUCGAUGUCUUGCGAUCGGCUGUCAAAAAGUCCCCCAUGGCCAGCCAAAUCACCAAAGAAUUUGUGAUUGAUAUGUUGACCAAGUCAUUAUUGUGUGGAGCAGUGAUGGCGGUCGAAUUUGUUCUUGAUUUUGUACCUGUGUUGGGCUCUCUUACUGGUGGAGGGCUUUCUUUUGUAACAACAUUCUACAUACUGAAGAGCUUUCUGCAUGAUGCUGUGGAAGAUGCUUAGAAUGUCCGGGCCAAAGCUACGGAGUCCUGAGACAAGUAAAGGGCCAAGACACCUUAUGGCGAGAACUGACUGAGGCAAACAGCACAGGACUUUCAUCCAGAGAACAAAGAACCCAAGCUUCAGAACUGAUUCUAGGUAUCAUGCCGACAUUGUCCUAGUUGGUGGGGUGGAUCUUUUGGAGCCCC